AUGGGAUCGUCCACACAGGCGAGACACUUUGUUUACUUUGCAGGUGGAACUGGCUCCUCCUCAAUUGCUGUGUCCGCGCACGACUACAUCUCACAAUGUCUGGGAAAGGACUGGAAAAUGAAAGUGCUGGCCACGGCGAGCCUAGAAGAAGUUGUCACAGCUUUCCGAGCUCCUUCAUUCGCCGGUGGUAUUAUCACCAUGCCUUUCAAGAAAACGAUCAUCCCGUAUCUUGACGAGGUAGACGAUUUGGUCGCCACCACGGGCGCCUGUAACGUGGUUUACCUCACACCCGAAGAAAAGCUGCGUGGUACGAACACCGACUGGGUAGGUAUCAAAAAUGCUCUCCUUAGUGCUGACCCUCUCACGGCUGGGGAUGUUGGGAUGAUCUACGGAGCUGGAGGUGCAAGCCGUGCCGCCGUUUAUGCACUUUGCCGAGGCCUAGGAUAUGAGACGGUGUAUGUAGUCAAUAGGGACGACCAGGAAGUUGCCGACCUGAUUCAGGAUGCGAACAACUAUACCGGCCUACGGCCAAACAUCGUUCAUAUUCGCACAUUGCAGCAGGCUCAGUCGUUACCGUCACCCGACUAUAUUGUGAGCACAAUCCCGGACUUCCCAGCUCGAACAUCUCAAGAGAUUAACGCAAGGCUUAUCGUCACCGAAUUUUUGUCGAGACGUACUUCGAAGCCUGGUGUACUAUUAGACAUGUGUUAUCACCCUCUUUUCACCGAAAAUUUGAAACUUGCGAACCAUCAUGGCUGGAACGCUGCUGAAGGAGUGCAGGUCGUGGGCCAUCAACUAAAACAUAUGUGGAAGCUGUGGACUGGCAAAGAGAUCACAGAAGAGAAUGAGGCAGUAAUGUGGGAAUUACUCCAGCAGGCUGUUCGAGAUGAUCCGACAGUCGCUGGAGCCCAACCUACCGCUUCCGAAAUUGCGAGAGACCUCCACAGUCUGCCUCCUGGCUCUCGUCCGAUUGGAGUAGUGCGAAAUAAUGGGCCCGAUGCACUAACGCUUGAACGCUAUAAAUUACGAGAGCUUGCCGAAGGUUGGCCAUCGUACCGCUUUGUCUUCAGCGAUUCAUGCGAGUGGGACAACCUGAGGUCAAUAUUUCACCCUGAUGCCUAUAUUUACACCACCUGGUCAGGUAAAGUUCAUUACGAAGACUUUAUUCAAGCCUCGCAACGUGGUAUGGACAAAGGAGCGUUCAUUAUGCAUAGAUGUCACGGAAUCACCACCGAUAUAACCCUUGACGCAUUGCGAGCCGUGACGAAGAUGAAAGCAACGAUCACGCAGCGCUUCAACAUUCAAGGCGCCGAGGUUGAUGCCGAGAGCGAUUGCAGGUUCACCUUCUUCUGGACGAGACUUCCAAAUUCCAUCACGGGCGAAUCCGACUGGAAAGCUCGGUUUGUUCGUCAUUGGUAUGAGAAAGACAAAUUGAUUCCGGUCAAUCCGGCGAAAGUCCCCGUUUUGGAUGAGCAAAAGCUGGCUCAAUUCCCCUCGGGUUACAGAUACUUAGCAUACUGCCAAGAAGAAACCAUGGGUGUCAGUGUCAUAAGGGACCUCCCAGGCCACAACCGCGAGAAAGGGAUACCUGGUGGAAGUAGUAUUGCCGGUGAGAAGCAUGAUCUACUUUACUGGCAAGCGAGGGACUGGUUGGAUGGCAAAAACAUACAAUUAUGA